AUGCAGCUCAUCACUGUCCUUUCUGUCGCCACCUCCAUGGUCGCAACCGCCUCCGCCAGGAGCGCAGUCACCCUCAACCAGGAGUGCGACACCAGCAAGCCCAUGGCCCGUGUCCACAACCGAUGCGCUUACGAUGUAAACCUUUGGUCCGUCUACAAGGGCGACGGCUGCCCUUCUGACGAAAUGGUCACCCUCAAGUCCGGCGAGACCUACCAGGAGAACUACGCCGACCCCAAGGGCGGAGACGUCGGUAUCUCCAUCAAGCUCUCCAAGACCCAGGAGUGCAAGGGCAACGACAUCACCCAGCUGGAGUACUUCAUCCAGAAGACUUCCCCUGGCUUCAACUACAACUACCUCGAUGUUUCCUACGUUGACUGCCCUUCCAACACCGCCGACUGCCCUACCAGGCAGGAGGGUUACUACCUCGUUGUUGGUGCCCAGACUGGCGCUGUCAAGGCCUCUUCCGCCAACACUUGGUGCCCAGUCAUGACCUGCAACGACCCAGCCUCGUGCAACAAGAUCUCCUACGUCCUCCCUGACGAUGUCCAGACCAAGACUUGCGAGCCCGACCAGAACAUGGACUUUUACAUGUGCGGUGGAGAGGCUCCCGGAGAGGAGAGCGAAAGCGCCAGCAGCGCUGCCCCCCAGUCCUCUGCUGCCCCCCAGUCCUCUGCUGCCCCCGCCACCAGCCAGAAGGCCUCGUCCCAGCCGUCGUCCCAGCCGUCGUCCCAGUCGUCGUCCCAGCCGCAGCCCACUUCCAGCGCCGCUGCCACCUCGACCGAGUUCGAGGUUGCCGCUGCCGCCAUUACCCCUACCCCCGCGCUCGAGGAGCCUCAGGUCAACAAUCAAAAGACCAAGACCGAGGUCAUUUACGUUACCGCUUACGCGACCGUCAACGCUAAGAGGCACGCUCACGACCAUGCUCGCCGUCACCAACCCUUCCACGCAUAA